GCCCGCGACGGCGCUGCGUCACGGGCUUUCGGGCGCUUUGCUCUUAGACACGGCGACUGCUGCGGGGCCGACCGCUGGCCUCCGGCUCCAGUGGAGCCAGGUCGGCGGCGCGAUGAGGCGCAGCAAGGCCGACGUGGAGCGGUACAUCGCUUCGGUGCAGGGCUCCGCCCCGUCGCCUCGAGAGAAGUCAAUGAAAGGAUUUUAUUUUGCGAAGCUAUAUUAUGAAGCUAAAGAAUAUGAUCUCGCUAAAAAAUACAUAUCUGCAUAUAUUAAUGUGCAAGAGAGGGAUCCCAAAGCUCACAGAUUUCUGGGUCUUCUUUAUGAAGUGGAGGAAAACAUAGACAAAGCUGUUGAAUGUUACAAGCGUUCGGUGGAAUUAAACCCAACACAAAAAGAUCUAGUGUUGAAGAUAGCAGAAUUGCUUUGUAAAAAUGAUGUUACUGAUGGACGAGCAAAAUAUUGGGUUGAAAGAGCAGCUAAACUUUUUCCAGGAAGUCCAGCAAUUUAUAAACUAAAGGAACAGCUUUUAGACUGUAAAGGUGAAGAUGGAUGGAAUAAACUUUUUGACUUGAUUCAGUCAGAACUUUAUGCAAGGCCUGAUGAUGUCCAUGUGAACAUCCGACUAGUGGAGCUGUAUCGCUCAAAUAAAAGAUUGAAAGAUGCUGUGGCCCACUGUCAUGAGGCAGAGAGGAACGUAGCUUUGCGCUCAAGUUUAGAAUGGAAUUUGUGUGUUGUACAGACCCUUAAGGAAUAUCUGGAAUCUUUACAGUGUUUGGAGUCUGAUAAAAGUGACUGGCGAGCAACCAAUAAAGACUUACUUCUGGCCUAUGCUAACCUUAUGUUUCUUACACUUUCCAGUAGAGAUGUGCAGGAAAGCAGAGAAUUACUGGAAAGUUUUGAUAGUGCUCUUCAGUCUGUGAAAUCUUCUGUGGGUGGAAAUGAUGAACUGUCAGCUGCUUUCUUAGAAAUGAAAGGACAUUUCUACAUGCAUGCUGGUUCUCUGCUUUUGAAGAUGGGUCAGCAUAGUGAUGUACAGUGGCGAGCUCUCUCUGAGCUGGCUGCAUUGUGCUAUCUCAUAGCAUUUCAGGUUCCAAGACCAAAGAUUAAAUUAAUAAAAGGAGAAGCUGGACAAAAUCUGCUGGAAAUGAUGGCCUAUGAUCGUCUGAGCCAAUCAGGACACAUGUUGCUAAACUUAAGUCGUGGCAAGGAAGAUUUUUUAAAGGAGGUUGUGGAAUCUUUUGCCAAUAAAAGUGGGCAGUCUACUUUAUAUGAUGCUCUAUUUUCUAGUCAGUCACCUAAGGAUAAAUCUUUCCUUGGUGGUGAUGAUAUUGGAAACAUUGCUCUACAAGCACCAGAGCCUGAUGAUUUGGCUAGAUAUGAUGUUGGUGCCAUUCGAGCUCAUAAUGGUAGUCUUCAACACCUUACUUGGCUUGGCUUACAGUGGAAUUCAUUGCCUACCUUACCUGCAAUUCGAAAAUGGCUAAAACAGCUUUUUCAUCAUUUGCCCCAGGAAACCUCAAGGCUUGAAACAAAUGCACCUGAAUCAAUAUGUAUUUUAGAUCUUGAAGUAUUUUUACUUGGAGUGAUAUACACCAGCCACUUACAAUUAAAGGAGAAAUGUAAUUGUCACUACAGCGCCUAUCAGCCACUAUGCUUACCACUUCCUGUGUGUAAACAGCUUUGUACAGAUAGACAGAAAACUUGGUGGGAUGCAGUUUGUAAUCUAAUUCACAGAAAAGCAAUACCUGGAACCUCAGCAAAAUUGCGACUUCUAGUUCAGCAUGAAAUAAACACUCUAAGAGGUCAGGAAAAACAUGGCCUUCAACCUGCUCUGCUUGUACAUUGGGCAAAAUGCCUUCAGAAAACGGGCAGCGGUCUUAAUUCUUUUUAUGAUCAACGGGAAUACAUAGGCAGAAGUGUUCAUUAUUGGAAAAAAGUUUUACCAUUAUUGAAGAUGAUUAAAAAGAAGAGCAAUAUUCCUGAACCUACUGAUCCUCUGUUUAAACAUUUUCAUAGUGCAGACAUUCAGGCAUCUGAAAUUGAUGAAUACGAAGAAGAGGCACAUAUAACUUUUGCUAUAUUGGAUGCAGUUAAUGGAAAUAUAGAAGAUGCUAUGACUGCUUUUGAAUCUAUAAAAAAUGUUGUUUCUUACUGGAAUCUUGCAGUGAUUUUUCACAGGAAGGCAGAAGACAUUGGAAAUGAUGCCCUUUCUCCUGAAGAACAAGAAGAGUGCAAAAAUUAUUUGAGAAGGACCAGGGACUACCUACUAAAGAUUAUAGAUGACAGUGAUUCACAUCUUUCAGUGGUCAAGAAAUAUUCUCCCAAAACACCACCUCGAUGGGCAGAAGAUCAGAAUUCUUUACUGAAAUUGAUUUGCCAACAAGUAGAGGCCAUUAAGAAAGAAAUGCAGGAAUUGAAACUAAAUAGCAGUAACUCAGCAUCCCCUCAUCGUUGGCCCACAGAGAAUUAUGGACCAGAUGCAGUGCCUGAUGGAUAUCAGGGAUCACAGACUUUUCAUGGGGCUCCACUAACAGUUGCAACUACUGGCCCUUCAUAUUAUAGUCAGUCACCAGCAUAUAAUUCCCAGUAUCUUCUCAGACCAGCAGCUAAUGUUACUCCCACAAAGGGUCCAGUGUAUGGAAUGAAUAGGCUUCCACCCCAACAGCAUAUUUAUACCUAUUCACAACAGAUGCACACACCACCAGUGCAAAGCUCAUCUGCUUGUAUGUUCUCUCAGGAGAUGUAUGGUCCUCCUACAUUGCGUUUUGAGUCCCCUGCAACAGGAAUUCUGUCACCCAGGGGCGAUGAUUACUUUAAUUACAAUGUUCAACAGACAAGCACAAAUCCACCUUUGCCAGAACCAGGGUAUUUCACAAAACCUCCAGUUGCAGCUCAUGCUUCGAGAUCUGCAGAAUCUAAGGUUAUGGAAUUUGGAAAACCUAAUUUUGUUCAGCCCAUGCCAGCCGAAGGAAUAAGGCCAUCUUUGACAACACCAGCACAUACAACACAGCCACCUCCUUUUAAAUUUAACUCAAAUUUCAAAUCAAAUGAUGGUGACUUCACAUUUUCCUCACCACAGGUAGUGACACAUCCCUCUUCUGCAGCUUUCAGUAACAAUGAAUGCCUUUUAGGUCUCCUGACUUCAGAUAAACCUUUGCAAGGAGAUGGCUAUAGUGGACCAAAACCAAUUCCUAGCCAAACCAUUGGACCUCGAACUACAUUCAAUUUUGGAAGCAAAAAUAUGCCAGGAAUUCCAUUUACCGAAAACAUGGGACCAAGUCAGCAAAAGAAUUCUGGUUUUCGUCGAAGCGAUGAUAUGUUUACUUUCCAUGGUCCAGGGAAAUCAAUAUUUGGAACACCCACUCCAGAGUUGGCAAACAAGAAUCAUGAAACGGAUGGAGGAAGUGCCCAUGGUGAUGAUGAUGAUGAUGGCCCUCACUUUGAGCCUGUGGUACCUCUUCCUGAUAAGAUUGAAGUAAAAACUGGAGAAGAAGAUGAAGAAGAAUUCUUUUGCAAUCGUGCAAAAUUGUUCCGUUUUGAUGGAGAAUCAAAAGAAUGGAAGGAACGUGGGAUUGGCAAUGUAAAAAUACUAAGGCAUAAAACAUCUGGCAAAAUUCGCCUUCUAAUGAGACGAGAGCAAGUACUGAAAAUCUGUGCAAAUCAUUACAUCAGUCCAGAUAUGAAACUGACACCAAAUGCUGGAUCAGACCGAUCUUUUGUAUGGCAUGCCCUUGAUUAUGCAGAUGAGCUGCCCAAACCAGAACAACUUGCUAUUAGAUUUAAAACUCCUGAGGAAGCAGCACUUUUUAAGUGCAAGUUUGAAGAGGCCCAGAGCAUUUUAAAAGCCAUAGGAACAAAUGUAGCCACAGCUCCAAAUCAGACUGUCAGAAUGGCAAAAGAACCCACAAGUCAUGAUAACAAGGAUAUUUGCAAAUCUGACGCUGGAAACAUGAAUUUUGAAUUUCAAGUUGCAAAGAAAGAAGGGUCUUGGUGGCAUUGUAACAGCUGCUCAUUAAAGAAUGCUGCAACUGCUAAGAAAUGUGUAUCAUGCCAAAAUCUAAACCCAAGCAAUAAAGAGCUUGUUGGCCCACCAUUACUUGAAACUGGUUUUGCUCCUAAAACUGGCCCAGAGAAUGCUCAAGACAGAUUUGCAUUGAUGACUCCAAAGAAAGAAGGCCACUGGGAUUGCAGUAUUUGUUUAGUAAGAAAUGAACCUACUGUAACUAGGUGCAUUGCAUGCCAGAAUACAAAAUCUGCUAACAAAAGUGGAUCUUCAUUUGUUCAUCAACCUUCCUUUAAAUUCGGCCAGGGAGAUCUUCCUAAGUCUGUUAACAGUGAUUUCAGAUCUGUUUUUUCUACAAAGGAGGGACAGUGGGAUUGUGGUAUAUGUUCAGUGCACAAUGAGGGAAGCUCUACAAAAUGUGUUGCUUGUCAGAAUCCGAGAAAACAAAGUCUACCUAUUACUUCUGUUUCAGCACCUGCCUCUUUUAAGUUUGGUACUUCAGAGAUAAGUAAAACUCCAAAGAGUGGAUUUGAGGACAUGUUUGCCAAGAAGGAAGGACAGUGGGAUUGCAGUUCAUGCUUAGUGCGAAAUGAAGCAAAUGCUACAAAAUGUGUUGCUUGUCAGAAUCCAAGUAAACCAAGUCCAUCUACUUCUGCUGUUCCAGCUCCUGCCUCUUUUAAGUUUGGUACUUCAGAGACAAACAAGACUCCAAAGAGUGGGUUUGAAGGAAUGUUCACCAAGAAGGAAGGACAGUGGGAUUGUAGUGUGUGCUUCGUAAGAAAUGAAGCCAGUGCCACCAAAUGUGUUGCUUGUCAGAAUCCAAGUAAACAGAAUCAGUCUACUUUUGCUCCUUCAGCACCUGCCUCUUCAGAGACAAGCAAGGGUCCGAAGAGUGGGUUUGAGGGAAUGUUCACCAAGAAGGAAGGACAGUGGGAUUGCAGUUCAUGCUUGGUAAGAAAUGAAGCCAGUGCCACCAAAUGUGUUGCUUGUCAGAAUCCAGGUAAACAGAAUCAGUCUACUUUUGCUCCUUCAGCACCGGCCUCUUCAGAGAUAAGCAAGGCUCCAAAGAGUGGGUUUGAGGGAAUGUUCACCAAGAAGGAAGGACAGUGGGAUUGCAGUUCAUGCUUGGUAAGAAAUGAAGCCAGUGCCACCAAAUGUGUUGCUUGUCAGAAUCCAAGUAAACAGAAUCAGUCUACUUUUGCUCCUUCAGCACCGGCCUCUUCAGAGACAAGCAAGGGUCCAAAGAGUGGGUUUGAGGGAAUGUUCACCAAGAAGGAAGGACAGUGGGAUUGCAGUUCAUGCUUGGUAAGAAAUGAAGCCAGUGCCACCAAAUGUGUUGCUUGUCAGAAUCCAAGUAAACAGAGUCAGCCUACUUCAGCUAUUUCAGCACCUGCCUCUUCAGAGAUAAGCAAGGCUCCAAAGAGUGGAUUUGAAGGAGUGUUCACCAAAAAGGAAGGGCAGUGGGAUUGUGGUGUUUGCUUUGUACAAAAUGAGAGUUCUUCUUUAAAAUGUGUGGCUUGUGAUUCCUCCAAACCGACUGAUAAAUCUGUUGCAGAAGUUCCUUCAGCUUUCACAUUGGGCUCAAAAACAAAGUUAAAUGACUCUUCUGGAAGUCAGGUGGGAACAGGAUUUAAAAGUAACUUUUCAGAAAAAGCUUUUAAAUUUGGCAGCAAAGAGCAAGGCUUUAAAUUUGGGCAUGUGGAUCAAGUAAAUAUACCUUCAUUUACAUUUCAGGGUUCUUCUAAUACAGAAUCCAAGUCAACAAAAGAAGGAUUUAGUUUUUCCAUUCCUUCGUCUGCUGAUGGAUUUAAAUUUGGCAUUCAGGAACCAGGAAAUCAAGAGAAGAAGAGUGAAAAGCACCUUGAAAAUGACACUGGUGUCCACGCUCAGGAUGUUAGUAGCCAAAAGAAUGGUAAUGGUGUGAUUUUUGGUCAAACAGGUAGCACUUUUACCUUUGCAGAUCUUGCAAAAUCAACUUCAGGAGAAGGAUUUCAAUUUGGCAAAAAAGACCCUAAUUUCAAGGGAUUUUCAGGUGCUGGAGAAAAAUUAUUCUCAUCACAGAGUGGUAAAGUGGCUGAUAAAGCCAACACUUCUGCUGACCUUGAGAAAGAUGAUGAUGCCUAUAAAACUGAGGACAGUGAUGAUAUUCAUUUUGAACCAGUAGUUCAAAUGCCUGAAAAAGUGGAACUUGUAACAGGCGAAGAAGAUGAAAAGGUUCUGUAUUCACAGCGGGUAAAAUUAUUUAGAUUUGAUGCUGAGAUAAGUCAGUGGAAAGAAAGGGGUUUGGGAAACUUAAAAAUUCUCAAAAAUGAGGUGAAUGGCAAACUACGAAUGCUGAUGCGGAGAGAACAAGUGCUAAAAGUGUGUGCUAAUCAUUGGAUAACAACUACAAUGAACCUGAAACCUCUCUCUGGAUCAGAUAGAGCAUGGAUGUGGUUAGCUAGUGAUUUCUCUGAUGGUGAUGCCAAACUAGAGCAGUUGGCAGCAAAAUUUAAAACACCAGAGCUGGCUGAAGAAUUCAAGCAGAAAUUUGAGGAGUGCCAGCGACUUCUGUUAGAUAUACCACUUCAGACUCCCCAUAAACUUGUAGAUACUGGCAGAGCUGCCAAAUUAAUACAGAGAGCUGAAGAAAUGAAGAGUGGACUGAAAGAUUUCAAAACAUUUUUGACAAAUGAUCAAACAAAAGUUACUGAUGAAGAGAAUAAGAGUUUAGGUACAGGUGUUGCCAGUGCUUCAGACACAACAAUCAAGCCAAAUCCUGAAAACACUGGGCCCUCAUUGGAAUGGGAUAACUAUGAUUUAAGGGAAGAUGCUUUGGAUGAUAGUGUUAGUAGUAGCUCAGUACAUGCGUCUCCAUUGGCAAGCAGCCCCGUGAGAAAAAAUCUUUUCCGCUUUGGUGAGUCAACAACAGGAUUUAAUUUCAGUUUUAAAUCUGCUUUGAGUCCAUCUAAGUCUCCUGCCAAGUUGAAUCAGAGUGGAACUUCAGUCGGCACUGAUGAAGAAUCUGAUGUUCCUCAAGAAGAAGAGAGAGAUGGACAGUACUUUGAACCUGUUGUACCUUUACCUGAUCUAGUCGAAGUAUCCAGUGGUGAGGAAAAUGAACAAGUUGUUUUUAGUCACAGGGCAAAACUCUACAGAUAUGAUAAAGAUGUUGGUCAGUGGAAAGAAAGGGGCAUCGGCGAUAUAAAGAUUUUACAGAAUUACGAUAACAAGCAAGUUCGUAUAGUGAUGAGAAGGGACCAGGUACUAAAACUUUGUGCCAAUCACAGAAUAACGCCAGACAUGACUUUGCAAAAUAUGAAAGGGACAGAAAGAGUGUGGGUGUGGACUGCAUGUGAUUUUGCAGAUGGAGAAAGAAAAGUAGAACAUUUAGCUGUCCGUUUUAAACUACAGGAUGUUGCAGACUCCUUUAAGAAAAUUUUUGAUGAAGCAAAAACAGCCCAAGAAAAAGAUUCUUUGAUAACACCUCAUGUUUCUCGUUCAAGCACUCCCAGAGAGUCGCCAUGUGGCAAAAUUGCUGUAGCUGUACUAGAAGAAACCACAAGAGAGAGGACAGAUUUAAUUCAGGGUGACAGUGUAACAGAUGCAACUUCAGAAGUUGGAGAAGUUUCUAGCACAUCUGAAACAACAAAAGCAGUGGUUUCUCCUCCAAAGUUUGUAUUUGGUUCAGAGUCUGUUAAAAGCAUUUUUAGUAGUGAAAAGUCAAAACCAUUUGCAUUUGGCAACAGUUCAGCCACUGGGUCUCUGUUUGGAUUUAGUUUUAAGGCACCUUUGAAAAAUAGCAACAGUGGAACUAGUUCAGUAGUCCAGAGUGGAUCUGAAAGAAAAGUGGAACCUAACGAAUGUGAGCUGUCAAAGAACACUGAUACCAAACAAUCUUCUGAAGGCAAAGUCAAGAAUCUCUUUGCUUCCUUUCCAAAGGAAGAGUCCUCCAUUAAUUACACAUUUAAAACACCAGAAAAGGCAAAAGAGAAGGAAAAACCUGAAGAUCCUCCCUCAGAUGACGAAGUUCUCAUUGUGUAUGAACUAACUCCAACUGCUGAGCAAAGAGCCCUUGCAACCAAACUUAAACUUCCUUCAACUUUCUUCUGCUAUAAGAAUAGACCAGAUUAUGUUAGUGAAGAAGAGGAGGAUGAUGAAGAUUUCGAAACAGCUGUCAAGAAACUUAAUGGAAAACUAUAUCUGGAUGACUCGGAAAAAUGUUGGCCAUUGGAAGAAAAUCUAACCGAUAAUGAGAAGGAUUGUGUUAUUGUUUGGGAAAAGAAACCAACAGUUGAAGAGAAGGCAAAAGCAGAUACAUUAAAACUUCCACCUACAUUUUUCUGUGGAGUCUACAGUGAUACUGAUGAAGACACUGGAAAUGGGGAAGACUUUCAGUCAGAGCUGCAAAAAGUUCAGGAAGCUCAAAAAUCUCAGAGUGAAGAAAUAACUGGCACAGCCAACAGUGUGUGUACAGGUGGCACUGAAAUGACAGUACCUUUUUUCUGUAAAUCUGAAGAACCCGGUUCUAUUACCAAAUCUCUUAGUUCACCACCUAUUUCCUCUGGAACUGCAGAGAAGCCUGUAGAUUUGUCUACUAGAAAGGAAAUUGAUGCAGAGUCUACAAGCCAAGUGGAAAGCAAAACAGUUUCAUUUGGAUUUGGAAGUAGCACAGGGCUGUCAUUUGCAGACUUGGCUUCCAGUAAUUCUGGGGAUUUUGCUUUUGGUUCUAAAGAUAAAAAUUUCCAGUGGGCAAAUACCGGAGCAGCUGUGUUUGGAACACAGUCAACCAGUAAAGUUGGUGAAGAUGAAGAUGGUAGUGAUGAAGAAGUAGUUCAUAAUGAAGAUAUCCAUUUUGAACCAAUAGUGUCAUUACCAGAGGUAGAAGUAAAAUCUGGAGAAGAAGAUGAAGAAAUUUUGUUUAAAGAGAGAGCCAAACUUUAUAGAUGGGAUCGGGAUGUCAGUCAGUGGAAGGAGCGUGGUGUUGGAGAUAUAAAGAUUCUUUGGCAUACAAUGAAGAAUUACUAUCGGAUCCUAAUGAGAAGAGACCAGGUCUUUAAAGUGUGUGCAAACCAUGUUAUUACCAAAACAAUGGAAUUAAAGCCCUUAAAUGUUUCGAAUAAUGCUUUGGUUUGGACUGCCUCAGAUUAUGCUGAUGGUGAAGCAAAAGUGGAACAGCUUGCAGUGAGAUUUAAAACUAAAGAAAUGGCUGAUUGUUUUAAGAAAAAAUUUGAAGAAUGUCAACAGAACUUACUGAAACUCCAGAAAGGACAUGUGUCACUGGCGGCAGAAUUAUCAAAGGAGACCAAUCCUUUGGUGUUUUUUGACGUUUGCGCAGAUGGUGAACCUCUAGGACGUAUAACCAUGGAAUUAUUUUCAAACAUUGUUCCUCAAACUGCUGAGAACUUCAGAGCACUGUGCACUGGAGAGAAGGGCUUUGGUUUCAAGAACUCCAUUUUUCACAGAGUAAUUCCAGAUUUUGUUUGCCAAGGGGGAGAUAUCACCAAACAUGAUGGAACAGGAGGACAGUCCAUUUAUGGAGACAAAUUUGAAGAUGAAAAUUUUGAUGUGAAACAUACUGGUCCUGGGUUACUAUCCAUGGCCAAUCGAGGCCGGGAUACCAAUAAUUCUCAAUUUUUUAUAACACUGAAAAAAGCAGAACAUUUGGACUUUAAGCAUGUAGUGUUUGGGUUUGUUAAGGACGGCAUGGAUACUGUCAAAAAGAUUGAAUCAUUUGGUUCUCCUAAAGGAUCUGUUAGUCGAAGAAUAAGUAUCACAGAAUGUGGACAGAUAUAAAAUCAUUGUUUUUCAUUGUAAAUUUUUUCUGUAUAAGCAGUUGGAUUGAAGCUUAGCUGUUACAGACAAUGUGGUAAUUAUGUUCAGCUUUUGAAAAUGGACAUUUCUGCUGUAUAAAUGUAAAAUUGCAGCUUAUAGCUGUUGUCACUUUUUAAUGUGUUAUAAUUGACCUUGCAUGGUGUGAAAUAAAAGUUUAAACACUGGU